UUCCUCCUUACUCACACUUCUCACACUUUCCAUUACUCAAUCUAUGCACUAAACUCCUGGUGAAAUAAUCUGAAUUCUUGCAAUGGAUCGGUCCUCCUCUGUCAUAUGCUGCUUAAUUGCAUUCGCAAGCUGUUUUCAUAUGAUAAGCUGCAAUAUCACAUGCCUGCAUCAUGAAAGAGAUGCUCUUCUUUCUUUCAUGAAUAAAUUGGAUCCUGCAUUUUUAUUGCAUUCAUGGCAGGGCUUUAAUUGCUGCGAAUGGAGGGGAGUGGAAUGUAGCUCCCACACCUCAAAUGUUGUCAAACUUCAUUAUUCCAGACAUCGCUGGUCUGGUGAGAGAAAUAGCACGCUUCUUACAGAUUUGUUCCAAUUAAAGCGGCUGCAGCAUUUAGAUCUAAGCUUCAAUUCUUUGAGUGGUGUUCUACCCAAAGGUCUAUUUGCCUUGCAAGAAUUGAGACAUCUAGAUUUGAGUUGGAACUCUUUUGAAGGUGAAAUACCAAAGCAAUUUGCCUCCUUGCACAAUUUAGCUUAUCUCAACUUGUCCAGGGCCGGGUUCAAUGGUACAAUUCCCUACCAAUUGGGGAAUCUCUCUCAGCUGGAAUUUUUGGACCUAUCUGUUUUAGAGGUGUAUAAUUUUGGAACAGAAUUUGUUGGAACAGAAGUUGGAACAGAAGUUUUUCUUUAUGGGGAAAUGCACAGCCCUAGUUUAGUGUGGACAGAAAAACUGCAAAAAUUAAAAUACUUGUCUCUUAGUGGAGUGGUGCUGAAUAUAACAGGAAAGCAAUUGGAAGCAUCCCUUUCUCAUCUCUACAAUCUCCAACAACUCCACCUUUUAAGAUGCAUGCUUUCAGGACACAUUCCCAAUGCUAUCCAAAACCUCUCAUUCCUCACCCACCUCCACUUGGGUUACAAUAACUUUGAAGGGUCGGUACCUUUGUGGUUAGGAAAUUUGACUACUUUGGUUUCUCUUUGGUUGCAUGAGUGUCCAUUAUUAAGUGGUUCGUUUCCCUUGAGUCUCUCUCGUCUGCCUACUCUAAAAGAGUUUACAUUAGGGGGAGAAAACUUAAUUAGUGGAAACCUAAGUCAAAUAUUAUGUGGGGAAUGGUCUCAACUCAAUGUCCUUUUUCUUUCAGGGUCUAAUAUGAAAGGAAGUAUGCCACCUUGUAUUGCAAAUAUUUCUUCUCUCAUUUAUCUUAGUUUGGGAGAUAUGAAAAAUAUGGAAGGCCCAAUUCCUUCUUCUAUUGGUAAUCUCUCUAUCUUGCAAACCUUGGUUCUUUAUAACAAUUUGUUGAAUGGAGAGAUUCCACCAUCACUUGGUAAAAUCCAAUCUUUGACUUAUUUAUAUCUUUAUUCCAAUUGUUUAACUGGAAAUAUACCUUCUGAGUUGGGCAAUCUUUCCUCUUUGCUGGGCUUAGAGCUCUCCUCAAAUUUCUUGAGUGGUAAUAUACCUUCUGAGUUGGGCAAUCUUUCCUCUUUGGUGGUCUUAGAGCUCUCCUCAAAUUUCUUGAGUGGUAAUAUACCCUUCCAGCUAUGGGAACUAUCAUCUCUAGGUUUUCUUGGGCUUAGUGACAAUCAACUAAAUGGUAGCAUUCCUAUUUCAUUUGGAAGUCUUCCUAGUAUUACAAGUAUUUAUCUAUCUUUAUACAAUCUUCAAGGAAAUCUUUUUCUCAAUGUUUUUGAAAAUUGGACUAGGCUUAAUUCACUUGAUCUAUCCUACAAUGAGUUGACUGUCAUCAUCAAACCAGAUUGGGUGCCCACAAUUUACUUUGAUGGUCUAUACUUAGCUUCAUGUAAUAUUGGGGGUAUUGUUCCACCAUUCCUUUCCACACAGUAUAGAUUGUCUCAUUUGGAUCUCUCCAAUAAUAGUCUAUUUGGAAAUAUUCCAAAUUGGUUAGGGAUGCUUCCUAAUUUGCAAAGUCUUAACUUGUCAUACAAUAACUUACAAGGUCAUGUUCCCUCCAGCUUGAUGAAAAAAUAUCUUCAGAGUGUGGACUUACAUAGUAAUAUGUUACAAGGUCCUCUUCCUUUUUCUUCAGUACCAACAUCAAACAUGGAACUAUUGGACUUGUCUCAGAAUAGAUUCACAGGAUUUAUUGCAAAGGAUAUUGGUAAUCUUCUACCAGCAAUUCGGUUUUUGUCAUUUUCAGCAAAUGAUCUAAGUGGUGAUAUACCUUCUUCAGUUGGUCUUCUGCAAUCUUUGGAGGUUUUAGAUCUCUCAAACAACAAAUUGUUUGGUAAAAUACCAUCGAGCAUAACUAAUUGCUCUAUUUUAACAAGAUUAAACCUAGCAAAUACUAGUUUAAUGGGAGAGAUACCAUAUCAUAUGGGAAUGUUAAGUGAACUCAGUUCACUUCAUCUUGAUGGCAAUAUGUUGAAGGGAAACUUGCCAUCAAGCCUUAAAAAUUGUUCUAGCUUGCAAAUUUUAGAUUUGGCUAACAAUCUCUUUUCUGGGAACAUACCAUCUUGGUUAGGCCAGUUCUCUGAAUUGAUGAUACUUGUUUUGAGGUCAAAUAAAUUUGAAGGGCACAUUCCACAUCAAUUGAGCAAUUUGUCAAGCCUCCAUGUUUUAGACAUUUCACAGAAUGGUUUGAUUGGUUAUAUCCCACCACAAUUAGCAGCAUUGAAAAGUAUGAGGAAUUCUACACUGGGAAGCUCAAAUGACAAUGAUGGUACCUCCUAUUAUUACAAAGAAGAGAUCCAAGUGUUCAACAAAGGAUUAGAAAUGGUGUAUGUCAGUUCAGUGAUGCUACUUAUAACUUGCAUUGAUCUAUCUGUAAAUAAUCUAACAGGUGAUAUUCCUUCAGUAAUUGGGAAUCUUAAAAGUCUCCACACAUUGAACUUAUCAGAUAAUGGUCUUACAGGAGAGAUUCCAAGAAGCUUUGGAUUACUUACAGAGUUAGAAUCACUUGAUCUCUCAAACAAUAAACUGCAUGGAAGGAUUCCAAAUGAAAUGCUACAAGUUUCCUUUCUGAGUUUUUUCAUUGUAUCUAACAACAGGCUUUGUGGAAAAAUACCAGAAGGAAGACAAUUUAAUACAUUCAAUUCUACUUAUUUUAGUGGGAACCGUGAUCUUUGUGGAUUCCCAGUUAACAACAAAUCAUGUAGAUGUGGAGAGAGGUCAAAUCCUAGCAUACCAACUCCUCUUCUUAAGAAAGAAGAUGAUGAAGGAGAAGGAAUUCCAUGGCAUUGGUAUGUAGAGUGGAUGGUAAGUGUUUCUAUUGGAUUUUGGGGAGUGUUUGGAAUCUUGGCUACAAAAAGGAAUUGGAGGAGAAGAUUCAUUCAUGUAUUAGAUGAGAUGGCAAUUAGUUUAUUGAGUAGAUUGACAAAUAGAUAAUAGUGAAAAAUUGUAAAAUCAUU